AGCACACAGAAACACACGAGCACCGGGAUGUGAUCAUCGGUUGAGCCCCAAACUCAUCUUUCAAUCUUUGCGACUCAAUUCCUUCAAUCCGACAGAUUGCCACGCUAGCUCUCACGCUGCAGCACAGUUCGGUGGACUGGGCGUACCAUGUGCAGCGCUCGAUUAAGGCCAGUCUGGGCAGUCGCAACGGUACCUUCUGGCCUCGGGGUCGCACUUUGGGCGGUUCGGGUGCCAUCAAUGCGAUGGCGUACAUGCGCGGCAACCGGCGCGACUACGAUCGCUGGCAGUCGAUGCUGGGCAGCGAUGGCCCGGAGUGGAGCUGGCCGAAGGUGUUGGAGCACUUUCGGAAGUCGGAAAACAUGAACGUCUCGGAGUUGUUGGACGGUACAGACGGUACACUCUACCACGGUACCGGAGGCUACCUGAAUGUGGAUCACAUCGAUAACAGCAAUCCACUGUACGGGAUAAUCGAACGGGCCUCAUCGGAACUCGGUUACGCGUGGUUGGCGGACUUUAAUCGUGAUCGGCAUAUCGGUUAUGGUCGCGCUCAGUUUACCGUCAUCGGUGCGACAAGGUGCAGCCCAGCAAAAGCUUUCUUAACGCCAGCGAAAGCACGGCCGAAUCUGCACGUCAUCAAGAAUGCACUCGCUACGGGGAUCACCAUCGACGAGCGGAGUAACGUUGCCCAGGGAGUCCGUUUUAUGGUCGGUUCUCACGAGCAAUCGAAGCUGACCGUGCGUGCCCGGAAGGAAGUGAUCUUAUCUGCGGGAUCAAUCAACACACCGCAACUCCUGAUGCUGUCCGGAAUCGGUCCGAAGGAUGAGCUGCAACGCUUUGGUAUUCCGUCGCGGGUUGAUUUACCGGUCGGUCGUAACCUCCAGGACCAUGUGGCCAUUACGGUGUUCUACAAGUUCAACGCACUCAAUGGAACCACCACCGUCGAGGACGCGAUGUUCGCUCAGCUUGAUUCGUUGUACGAGUUUACGAUGCGCAAUCGGAGCCAGGGUGUGCGCUUUAUGAGUGAUCUCGGUGUAAUGUCGUUCUACAACACGGUCAACGUCACCGAUCCCUAUCCGGAUGUGCAGGUGAUGAACAUCGGUGUACCGCGCGGUGGUGGUUACGGUGAGCUGUUGGCGUCCAACUUUGAGUUCAGUCAACCGAUUGCCGAGUCGAUACGGAAGGCAAACAGUGAGGCGACGUUGCUGUACUCACACAUCAUCCUGUUGAAGCCGAAAUCACGUGGCCGUGUGCGGUUGGCUAGUGGUGAUCCUCGGGUGCAUCCGCUGAUUGAUGCGAACUAUUUGGCGCAGGAGGAGGACUUGCGGACGUUGGUUCGAGCCGUGCGCAUCGAGCAGCGACUGCUCGAGACGAAUGCGUUCCGGAUGGCAGGAGCGGAGCUGCUGCAGCUGAUUAUACCAGGUUGUGCACAUUUCCAGUAUGAUAGUGAUGAGUACUGGGAGUGCUACGUGCGGUAUAUGACCGUCACCACGUAUCAUCCGGUCGGUACGGCCAAGAUGGGCCAUGCUGAGGAUUCCGAGGCAGUGGUCGAUGCGCGGUUGCGCGUCAAGGGUGUCCAGGGAUUGCGAGUAAUUGACGCGAGCAUUAUGCCGGAGAUCGUCAGUGGAAAUACGAACGCACCGACAAUAAUGAUUGCCGAGAUGGGUGCUGAUUUCAUCAAGCAGCAGUACGCUUAGUACGGGCACCCAAUUGUUGCUGUAACACCGAUCGUUCACUAACUCCACACUAUCUCUCUUUACUAUUACUAUAUAUUGGCAAAGGCCCGAAUUGGCAUAACACUGGCAUGGCGUAAUAACCUUCCUUAACCAACGACCUUCCUACCUUAUGCUCCCACCAUCUUCCUCGAUCCCCUAACAACGAACUCCCCGUUAACCAUCACGGACACAACGAGUGCGAAAAGCUAAAGCCGCCCAACAACAUCCCGAACCCGUCCCGUC